AUUUUACGUUCCUCCAGGCCGUUUGGUGGCGCUACGGCGCCAUAAAGCCUGGUUUAAAGACACCAACGAAGAAGAAGGAACAACAGGAAGUUGGUUAACACGGCGCUAUUGUUUACUUGUUUGGUUAGCGAUGCUCAGAUAACCUGUAGUUAGUUGUUAGUGGUAUUUUAUUAUUGUAAACUGCGCGUCAUUGCAGUUGCAUAUUUUGCAGAAACUCCUAAUCCCAGGCACUGAGGUAAUGGAUGCUGGCAGCCGGAAAGACAAACCCAAACAGAAGGAGACGUCUGUACGAGGAGACCGAGCGAAACAGAAAUCUGCUCAGCAGGAGCUUAAGCAGAGACAGAGAGCAGAGAUCUACGCCCUGAACAAAGUCAUGACGGAAGUCGAACAGCAGCAGUUUGAGGCGUUUUGCCAGCAGAUGCAGUCGCAGCCGGAAUGAAGAUGUGACAUGUUUAAAAGUAAAACUAACCGAUGAGCUGCAACCCUUACGGCAUCGUACACCGUUCUCCUUAUGUGCAGAGUGAUGUAUCGAGUGGUCAGUUAUAUAAUAUAUGUCAAUCGUGUGGCAGCAGCAUGAUGUAUAAAAUCAUGCAGAUGCAGGCCAGAGCUUCAGGUAAUGUUCACAUCAAACGUCAGAAUGAAGUCUGAUCUCUGUGACUUUAACCAUGGCGUGGUUGUCGGUGCCAGAUGGGCUGGUGUGAGGAUUUCAGAAACUGCUGAUUUCCUGGAAUUUUCACACACACACAACAGUCUUUAGAGUUUAUAAAGAAUGGAGCGGGAAAAAAAACCACCAAAAAAACAGAGUGAGCGACGGUUCCGUGAGUGGAAAGGCCUCGUCGAUGACAUGGGGUCAGAGGGAAAUACCCGGAUUGGUUUCAAGCUGCCAGGAAGUCUAUAGUAACUCAAAUAAUCACUCUUUUUUUUUUUUUUUUCAAGCAUGAUGAGAAGAAAAGCAUCUUAGAACGCACAACACAUCAAACCUUGACAUGGCUGAGCUACAACAUCAGAAGACCACAUCAGGUUCCUCUCCUGUCAGCCAAGAAUAUGAAUCUGAGGCUAUCCUGGGCAUAGACUCACCCAAAUUGGACAGAUGAUCUCAUCAGCGAGGCGUUUCCAAUCAUGGAACCGUCGCUCACACAGUGUUUUAUUGUUUGUCGCACCAUUCUGUGUAAACUCUAUAGACUGGUGUGUGUGUGUGUGUGUGUGUGUGUGUGUGUGUGUGUGUGUGUGAGAAAAUCCCAGGAGAUCAUCAGUUUCUGUAAUACUCAACCUAGCCCAUCUGAUACUGACAACCCUGCCACAGUUAAAGUCAGACUUUUUCUUCAUUCUGAUGUUUGAUGUGAAUGUUAACUGAAGCUUUUGAUGUGUAUCUGCGUCAUUUUAAUGCAUUGUGCCACUGCUACAUGAUUGGCUGAUAAAUGGAUGACUGCACAAGUGAGCAGGUGGACAGUGUGUACAGUAUGUUACAUGAUUUAUGCUUUCAGUCGAUGAUCAUACCUUCACAGUAUUUAUACUAAUGUUAUGGGUCAGUCACAAAGCGUGAAGGAUCAAAUGGAGCUAUGUAUCAAUCUGUUACAUAUUUUUUUAUAAAUGUAUAUAAAUAUAUAUAAUAUC